GCUUUUUCCGUCCAGAGAGAGAGGGUUUUAGCAAGUCACCCAACCACCGCUACUCCUGCAGGGAGAGAGAGAGAGAGAGAGAGAGAGAGAGAGAGAGAGAGAGAGAGAGAUGUCCAACCAGAAGAGAGAGAGAAACAAUCACCUCGUAGCCAUCACCGGAGCCGCUGCCCUCCUCGCCGUAGCCGCUAACUUCGCGGUCAACGCCCUCAAGAAUCGUCGCAAAAAGAAAGAUCUUCUGGGGUAUGAUGUUCGUGUAAAUAUUUCCCGGUCUGAGAUCUCAAGAUUAGCGGACCGUAUCGUUGCCAAAUCUAAGGAGGUCCACGAUGCGGUUGCUUCAGUUCCUCUAGACAAGGUCACAUAUGCAAAUACUAUACUACCUUUGGCAGAACUUGAAGCACAACAAUUCCCACAGGUCCAAUCUUGUGUCUUCCCAAAGUUGGUAUCCACUUCAGAAGAUGUGCGCAAAGCAAGCGCUGAAGCGGAGAGGAGAAUAGAUGCUUAUGUUUCAAGUUGCAGUAAACGUGAAGAUGUUUAUCGUGUCAUCAAAGCUUUUGCAGCAAGGGGAGAAUGGAUGAGUUCUGAAGCAAAAUGCUACACCCAAUGUCUGAUCAGAGACUUUGAACAGAAUGGACUUGGCCUUACUAUAACAAAGAGAGAGGAGUUGCAGAGAUUAAGGGUUCAAAUAGAUGAGUUAAGUAAGCGAUAUAUCAGCAAUCUGAAUGAUGAUACUGCAUCCCUUCUGUUUAGUGAGACUGAGCUAGUUGGCAUUCCACCAGAGUUCCUUAAGAGCUUAGACAAAGCUGAAAAUGGUAAAUUCAAAGUCACUCUCAGAAGUCACCACAUUUUACCUGUACUGGAGCUUUGUAAGGUAGGUUUGACGAGGAGGAUAGUAGCUGUGGCUUAUGGACGGAGAUGUGAAGUUAACUUCUCUAUUUUGGAAAGCUUGGUUCAAUUGCGCCAUAAAAUUGCUAGAUUGCUUGGCUACUCAAACUAUGCAGACUAUGCUGUUAAUCAUAGAAUGGCAAAUUCUUCCUCCAAGGUAUUUGAGUUCUUGGAGGACCUCUCUGCCAGUUUAACAGACUUGGCCACCAGAGAGCUCACCAUGUUAAAAGACUUAAAGAAAAAAGAGGAAGGGGAUUUUCCUUUUGGAGUGGAGGAUUUGUUGUACUAUGUCAAGAGGGUUGAGGAACAACAAUUUAAUCUGGACUUUGGAGCUCUUAAGCAAUACUUUCCCGUCGCUUUGGUUAUGUCAGGGAUCUUGAAGAUAUGCCAAGACCUUUUUGGCUUGAGAUUCGAAGAAAUUGAAGAUGCUGAGGUUUGGCACUCUGAUGUGCAGCUUUACUCAGUUUAUGACUUGUCUUCUAGUGAACUUUUGGGUUACUUUUACCUCGACAUGUUUGCCAGGGAGGGAAAGUAUGGACACACCUGUGUUGUGGCUCUUCAGAAUGGUUCUUUUGUCAAUGGUGCCCGAAAGAUUCCUGCUGCAUUACUUAUUUCUCAGCUUCAAAAAGAAGUUGGUGGUCGCACUGGGUUGUUGAGAUUCUCUGAAGUGGUUAAUAUUUUCCAUGAGUUUGCCCAUGUGGUCCAUCAUAUUUGCAAUCGUGCAUCAUUUGCUAGAUUUUCUGGACUUCGGAUCGACCCUGACUUUGUGGAGAUCCCUGCUCAGGUGUUAGAAAACUGGUGUUAUGAAAGUAUCUCUCUGAAAUUGUUAUCUGGUUUCCAUCAGGAUAUCACGGAACCCAUCAAGGAUGAAACAUGUACAGCACUUAAAAGAUGGCGAUGUUCCUUCUCAGCACUUAAAUUGAAGCAAGAAAUUCUUUAUUGUCUUUUCGAUCAGAUCAUACAUUCCACAGAAAAUGUUGACAUGGUUGCGUUAUUUAAACAUCUUCAUCCUGAGGUGAUGUUGGGACUGCCGAUGUUAGAAGGAACAAAUCCAGCUUCAUGUUUCCCUCAGAGUGCUAUUGGCUAUGAAGCUGUUUGCUACAGUCGCAUUUGGAGCGAGGUUUUUGCGGCGGAUAUAUUUGCCUCCAAAUUUCGUGGUGAUCUUUCCAAUCAAUUUGCAGGCAUGCAAUUCAGGAAUAAGGUAUUGGCUCCAGGAGGAGCAAAGGAUCCGGUUGAGAUCCUAUUGGACUUUCUAGGAAGAGAACCGUCGAUCCAAGCUUUUGUUGACAGUAAAACCCAAUCUGGGUUCUGAACUAGUGUCACAUACCCUUUUCUCACACAGUAAAACCGAAUCUGGGUUCUGAUCUUGUGUUACAUACCCUUUCUCAUCGAUAUACUUGCAUGCUCAAGACCUGCCUCUUUGGUGUCCCACCGGGAAUUUGUAGAAUUUUUCUUUCUAGCCUCAGAAAUAUGGCAGCCAUUGCUUGUGCUCAUAUCUGUAAUGUAACUUGUUCGGUACAUGUCAAAUUGUCAAUGAUGCAGAUUUCAGUGCCAGAGUAGUUUUGCGGCAGAUGGUCUCGACU